GCCGGAGAGACUGAAAUGGCCGACCAGCGAUUAACCUCCGCUGCCGCUCGCAACGCUUGACCUUUUCGUCUUGUCAACCGUCCAUGGCAUCAACUAGUCCGCCGAUCUUCUCCACCGCAAUGAGGGUUUCCAUUCGUGCCUCGGCUGCUCUCUUCAUAUAUGAGUAUCCUUUGUCUUGACCAUCCCCUGUACCGUCCAUUCCUUCAUAUCCAUACUGGCACCCACUCAUCGCCAGAAAUACUCUAAGAGAAAUACACCAAGAUGCCAUCGCAAUUGACAGACCCGGUCAAGCUCCCUUGCGGACUGGUCUUCCCGAAUAGAUUGGUCAAGGCCGCCAUGGCCGAGAUGCUGGCCGGUUGGAGCAACACCCCCACGCCGGAUCUUAUCGAAGCGUACAAUCAAUGGGGACAGGGUGGUUGGGGAUCGAUUCUGACCGGAAACAUGCAGGUCGACAUCAACCACCUCGGCACGCCCUUCGACACAUCCUUGAGCCACCCCUACGUCGACGCCCAGCAUGACGCCGCCCUCGUGGAGACCUGGUCCCGCUUUGCCCGCGCCGCUCAGCAGCACGGCACCCCCGCCGUCGUGCAGCUCUGCCAUCCCGGUCGGCAGUCGUUCCGGGUCGCUGGGAAACGCGGGCUGUUUGCGCCGACAAUCGCGCCGAGUGCGAUCCCCUUGGAGAUGGGGGAUAGUUGCAUCCAGCGGUUCGUCAGCUGGAUGACGUUUCCGGUGCCGAGGGAGAUGAGCCAGGCGGAUAUCGAUAACGUCACGGCGCGGUUUGUCGAUGCCGCCAGGUUGAUGGCGGAUAGUGGGUUUGGGGGGAUUGAGUUGCAUGGUGCACAUGGGUAUUUAUUGGAUCAAUUCCUCAACCCUAAGACCAACCACCGAACAGACGCAUAUGGCGGCACCCCUGCCAAACGCGCCAAAUUUGUCCUCGACAUCAUCGCGCAGAUCCGUGCCGUUGUACCCCCGUCUUUCUGCGUCGGCAUUAAGCUGAACUCGGCAGACCACGACUCCGCCUCCUUUGAAGAUACUAUGAUGCAGAUCGGACUGCUCGUGGACGCGGGGAUCGACUUUUUAGAAGUCAGCGGGGGAAGCUAUCAGGAUCCGCAGAUGUUGGGCUCCGACCCCACCCCCAACUCCCAAUCCGAAUCUAAAUCCAAAUCAACUCUCUCCCGCGAAGCUUUCUUCCUCGACUUCGCGCAACAGACCCGUUCCCGAUACCCAUCUCUCACGCUCAUGCUAACGGGUGGGUUCCGCACACGCGCCGGCGCCGAAGCCGCGCUGGCCCAGAACGCAUGCGAUCUGAUCGGCAUCGGCCGCCCGGCUGCCGUGGCGCCUGACCUCCCGGGUCGGAUUCUUGACGAGAGCCUGGAUGCCCAUGAGGCGGGGCUGGUGCUGGGAAAGGUGCAGGCGCCGUUGGUGAUGAGGGUGAUUAAGUGGUUGGGUAUUAAGAGCGUGGGGGCGGGGGUGGAGAGUGCGUAUUACUCGGGUCAGAUUGGGAGGAUAGCGAAGGGUUUGAAGACGGUUGUGCCGGGAUUUGGGUGAUAUGUUCUGAUGUCCUCGUGGUCUGCACUAAGCGUAGAUAUAGAGAAACUAGAGAGAUGAAGGGAACAUAAUUAUUGCCUGUUCAUAUACCUUACAUCACGCAUUCUACAUGUCUAAGCAGGAAGCAACUCGCAGUCUAGUCGCCAUGGACAGCAUAAUAGCCACAAUCUAAUCAUUACACCAAUGCUAUAGGAAGCCAAGAGAGUCACAAAGAGGACGACCGGCGUCUCUCGACCUAUUGAUUGAGCCUUUGUUGGCCCCUCUAGCUGCUUGGCAGCCAACUAGCGAGUCUAGGACUUAGCAUCUAUCAUCUAUCCCCCGGA